AUGUCACUUUCUUUCACAUCUCAAGUGUUGGAAAUCGAGGCCAUCGUCGAUUACGUCUUUUCCAAGAAACGCCUUGCCGCGGAAGCAGCUCAAAUGGCAGCACCACAGAUCGCUUUUGUCGAGGACAACGCCUUCAAGGUUUUAUAUAACAACAAGAGGCUAGCAAUCCUAGGAGAAGCAGUCCUCGCAAGAGAGCUAUGCAGUGCAUGGUUUAGAAUGCGUGGGUCGCAUGACGACGCCCUGUCCCCAGCACAAUGGACGCAACUGCGUAACGACUUGAUCUCUAAUGAUGCGUUGGCUCACCGAGGCUAUACCGUCGGAAUUGACCAGGUCAUCAUCACCGCUAGUAGCACACCUACUGUGUCCCCUAAGAUGGUCGCAGCAACUUUCGGAGCCAUCAUUGGAGCAGUCCAUGAAGAUGGAGGAGAUGCUGCUGUUCACAAAGUCAUGCAGCAUCUUGGGUUCUUCGACCACGCCCUUCUCACGGUAACGUCUCUAUUUUUUCACUCCCACCCUCAACAUGAGCAACGGCUUGUCAUGCACUAA